CGGUCAUGUGACCUCGUUUGCAAAGAAUUGUGGUCUAAUGGCGGUAACACUGCAGCUGCUGUGCUGUGUACGGCGUUGUUGUUUUUGAGCUGAUUGUUAUAUUUUAAAUCGUGUUAUUUGUUGUUGCUAGUUUAAAAAGAUGCCUGUAAUAGUGGACUUUAAACAAGGACAAUUAUGUUCUUUGAAUAAUUGAUUUUGAACAUUAGGAAUCAACACAUGAUAUCUGCAGAAACCAAUUGAAGGUUACAUUUAAUUGUUCAGCCAAUCAGAUUUGUAUAAAAUAAGAAUGUCAACAAAUAGACCAAGAAAAGGUCAGCAGAAAAGUAACCAGGAUGGAGAUACUCCUAGAGCAGAAGGAAAAGGCCAAUCAGGAAGGAGGAAGCUGGAGUUUGAGCACAAACCUUUGCAUGGAAAGGUGUUCUACUUUGACCUAAUUAAAUAUAAGAAUUCAGCCAAACUACAGAAAGAUAUUACAGCUUUAGGAGGCAAAGUGGAGGAGUUUCUAGGUAAAGGAAUCAACUAUGUGGUUACAAAUAGACCGGAGGGUCGAGAACUUGAGAAGAGAGGCAAUGCAGGAGGUAGUUCUGCUGAAAGCCCAUCAGUAUCAACACCAAGCCCCUUCCAACAAGGAAAAGGGUCCUCUAAAGAUGUAACAGAGUCUCCCUGUGCUUUAACUGGAGAGAAAAACAAGUCUUCCAGAGGAAAAACUAUAGCAAGUAGGGCUUUGACAUCACAGCAAUUUGGGACUGUGAGCAUCCUAACCCAAGCCAUCCAGUGGGGAGUGCAAGUGAAACAUCUUGACAGUGUUUUAAAAUACAUAAAAAAAGAAAGAGAAAAACUUGGCAUGAGUCCAUCUGCAAGUCAACAGAAAAGCAAGUCGACUGAUAGAGCAUCGUCAUCCAGAGGAGAACGAUUGUCCGGUGUAUUCCUGAAGGUGGAAGAUAGAACUAGUCACUACAGACCAAUAUCAAAGUCAUUAGAUGUAUGGCCGAGAGUAUCAACAGACACUACUCUUGGUUCAUGUCCUUAUGAUGGAGUAGCCUUCAAGGCUAAACAAUUUGAAAGGUCAAACAACGUUGGACAAGGAGGCAAUUCACAAAUAAAUAAUAUACUUACCAAAGAGAAAGCAUUAAAACCUGCAGGAAUCAGGAAAAAGAAGGAUGAAAAGAUAAAAGAGAAAAGAAGAGGUUUUUGUGAAUGUUGUAAACAAAGAUAUGAUAAUCUUGAUAAACAUUUGAAAAGCAGUGAACACAGAGAGUUUGUAUCCAAUCAGAAUCACUACAGCGCUCUGGAUAAAAUGAUUAUGGAAGGACCAGACAUUGCAGCAUUCUUGGAAGAUGUCUUGCGCUAUCACGAAGCACAGAAACAAGACGCACUCAGUUCACAUCAAGAAUUUGGUGGUACAACUGAUCCUAAGACCUCAAUGCCAGUUGCAAAAACAAGCACCAAAAACACAGACACAACCCUCCCUAGUGAUCUUCCUGGCCUGAGUACUAGUCGCAUUCAAAAGGAGAACUCUUUACGUGUAUCGCUACCCCUUGAACAUGCUCUGCCAAAGAGACUUGCAUCCCAGCGUUCUCCAGAGGUUAUAAAUGAAGCCGAGCUCGAUAGUUCUAGAGUAGAAGAAGUUUAUCAGGAGAUUUGGCUUGGCGAGCCUCCAUUACGCAGUGCAUCAGAAGUAGAUGUUCAGGAAUUUAUUAAACAUCGUGCAACUAUGCAAAAACGAAUUGCAAAUACUAGCAAAAGGAAAGUGACAAUUAGUAGCAAUUCACCGAAGAAACAAACAAUUAAUGUUGAAAAUCCACUAAACAAUUCUCAGGGAUCUCCCAGCAAUGUAGGAAAAAUAAUUCCAAAUGUACCAUCAACCUCAAAAUCUCAGGGAAAUGGGGAUAAACAGAUUUCAACAGCAUUGGAAACGAUGGCAAAAACACAAAGGAAAAGUGUGAAGCGGUCUUUUGAGGGAACAGAAACAGUUAACAAAGAUGGAAGUUUGCCAAAAAAUGUUGAAUCAAGUGUCAAUCCACGAAAAAGGAGGAAAACUGUAACUGAAGACGAAUAUGAAGAUCCAGUUUUUGUUUGUGACAUUCCCGAAGAAACAAAUAAAGCUAAUUCUUCACAAAGUAAACAGAAGCAAAAGAAAACUGAAGAGUCUUGUAUUCCAAAAAGGAAUAUAAGCCAUCGAGAACAAAAGUCCCCAAGUUCACAUGAAGGAUCUCCAUUCAAAGCUCGUAGGGGUCGCACCAUCAGAAAUGAAGGCAAUAACAUAGCUAGUGGCUCAAAAUAUAUUGAAUCGAAGACUACAAAAACAAAAAGUGACACCACUAGUGGUAAGAAGUGCCAAAACCAGUCAAAGAAAAAGAAGAAUAGCGAAUGCCUACUAAAUCGAGUCCUUGGUCAGAAUCGAAGGGGAAAUCGCAAGAAGGGUGGUAAGUGUGGUGAGAUUUUAAACAGGACCUUUGAUGCAACACUCUCGGUAGAACAUGUUUUUAGCAGUGAUCUUGGUGGCUCAGAAUUCCUAGGCUUUCAAAGCGAGGACAUUCGUGAGAGUGAACUUGACUUGCAGCUACGGAUUAAUGAGUCAAUGGGCAAGGCUCCACUUACUGAUGCAGCACUAGAGGUCACAUGUGUAAAAUGUGAUAGGAAUGAUAACGCUAGUGAUGCGCAUUCUAGCUCACAGGAUUUGGCAAUAGAGUGUGUGUUACACACAGUAGAUAAUUUUUCGCAGGGAGAAUCGGACUGGGAUGUCCAAAUUGAUGGAUACAUGUCUAAGUUGGACGAUGAUGUGUCAAGGCCCAAAAUGGAAAAUGAUAUAACAUCCUUUAAAGUUAAGAACCUAAAUACAAAACCAGUGGUAGAUGCGGAUUUGUCCCCUAUAAAAUUUGUGCCCAGCCCUGUCAAAGGUUCUCGGGAUACCCCAAAUCAAGUUAGCCAUGCAUUUAUAUCUGAAAUCCAGGAGAGGCGUCAGGCUGGGUAUCAAAGAACUCCAGUGGAAAACAUUUUUGGCAAUGUGAGGUUAAGACGUCGUGAUGUGUUGUUUGAUAACAGUACUGAGGAUAUUGAAAACUUACCAGUUGCUCUUGGAGAUCCAAUAACCCAUGGUGGAAUGCUACAACUUCAAAGUAAAUUGAAAUUAUCACCAGGUAAACAUGGCAAACAUGACAAAAAGAUUAAUAAAAAUCAUGGAAAAAGCCCUCAAACACCAGUAAAGCAGUUGCCCUCUCAGUCUUCAGUUGAGCCAAGACAAACAUGUCCUACAUCACCGGGUUUGUCUGUUAGAAAUGAGAACAUAUUAAUUGAGGAUGACAACCCAGUGUUUGUUGAUUCACCAUCUAAGCAUCUACCUCCAGGGAGUAAGCUAAGGGAAAGGACAAAGAGUACCGAAUCAAGAACUCCAAGAACGCCUUGUAAGACCCAGCGAUUCCUGUUUAGUACACCUGAGCAGAAAGAUAAGAUAUGGCUGGUAAAGAGCCCAGGUAACUUAUCAUCACCACCAAUGCUUCAGCUUCCACCAGGCACACCUCAGGAGGAAGUCCAAAUCAUUGAACAAAAUUAUGUUCACGACGAAACUGAAAUUGAAAUUGAUUUUCCAAAGUUCUCAAGUCCUUUGAGAGCUGGCAGUAUCAAAACACAAGUCAAGCACAUUGCUGAUCCUCAAACUGGACGUCCAGUUCCAAGCCCAGUAAAGUCCAUCCCAACCAUGGAUACUGCUUUAUCCUCACUUAUAGACCUUGCUAAUGUGGUACCUUUAUCACCAAUUAAAAUGAACGUUGCUGUAUAUGUGCCAGACUUUGCGAAAGAAGGCUUUGCCAGAAAUUUGUUUGGCGCUAAAAAGAGUAGCUCAGCAAAAUCUAAAAGAUCUCCUCCCACUACCUCAAGUGCAGUAAUAUCUCCUAAGAAUUCCUUCAUGUUAUUUUAUGACAAACACAGCUCCACUCCAAACUCUGCCACAUUCCGGGCUCGUACCAAAGUCAUCUCGCCCAUUUUCUCUGCAUAUAAAAAGCCACGUUUCUCACUGAAUCUGCUUAGACCACCAAAGUUGAAGUAUGUAAAGUCAGGGCGACGUACACGAAAACAGAUGAAGGAGGAACAGGAAGACUUGUUGCGGCGUCUCUCUUUAUCGCAGUUCAUUAACAAUAAUAAAAACAAUACUGAACCACAGUCCGAUGAUCCUAAUGAAUCCCUAGAUGCAAUUUAUGAUUUUGAGGAAGAAGUUGAUCAUACAUCAUCAGAAUCCAGCACCAGUAAAAGGAAACGUGGUAAGAGGAACAUUGAGAAAGCCACAAAAACCAGUAAUUGCUCAUCUUUAAAGAAAAGUGCAAAAAAGAAAAAAGAAGUACCACUCAGGUCAUCACAAAGAAAAACAAGAAGCAGCAUAUGUAGUCUUCAGAAGCUGGAGCUUAGUCCACAAACAUUGAAAGAACUCUACAGUGAUGGAUUCUUCUGCUGAUAUUUGACAGCAUUAUAUUUAAGAAAAGAAAUAAUAUACUAAGGGUAGAUCUGUUUGUUUUGGUGUUUUUAUUUUAAAGAAAAAAUGUUUAGAUAACAUUAUGAUACUGUGCACUGAUAAGCACAAAUUUAGAAAAAGAUGUUUCAUAUGUAAAAUUUUAGUGGCCAAGCCAUUUUUUUUUAUUUAUUAAUUUUUUUUAAUUCUAGUUCUAAUUAUUGAAUAUGUUAUGUCUAGUACAUCAUCUACUAUUCCCUUAUUGAAUAGUUGUGGUUCCAGGUUCUAAAAACUUUUACAAUGUCGACUUUGCCUAACUAGAAUAAUUUCUAACUCGAACGUAUUUUACAUUCCACAUUGAUGUGUUUUCCAUUAAUUAACAAUCUGUAAGUCAAAUUUUAUUUAAGUCGAACAAUUUUUCAAUGGCAUUUUAGAUUUGACUUGGCCCUUGUACAGUAUGUUAUUUUCAAAUCCUUUGCUCCUCUGGGUCUUAUAAUGAAGGUGUUUUUUAUAGAACAAAAUAUUUUAAUAUUGUAUUUCAUACUGUGUAAUUAGUCUUAAAUAUGGUAUAAUAAUAAUACAUAUUUGUAGCCUGAAUUAUUGUUGAUAUGUUGGACGAUGAGGUACAGUAAUAAUAAUAGGCUUGUGGUGCAACAUGUUGAUAGUUCUGAAACUAACUGUUGCAUAGUUUUGAAUGUUGUUCUAAUCAUCUGAUGAUAGUGAUUCAAUUAUCAAUGUACUCUAAAUAUGAUGAGGUUUGAACUAUCUGUGAUUGGUUGAUAGCCAGUACUCAAAUAUGUUGAGUGGUGGCGUGUCAUUUGGGGUUUUCUUGAUUUUCCUUAUAUUGUGUACUAUAGCUUUCAACCACUUACAACAAGUUUUAUAACACACCUAAAUAGAUCCUAGUCAUUUGAUUUGCGGAUUUUGUAUCGGUUAUUAAACCCAUUUCGUAAUUUAGUUCCACUGUGCAUUUUUACUUACAUUGCACAGUGCUUAGGAAACAAAGUCUUUUUCUGGAAGGUUCCAUAAAAUGACGUCCAUUGCACAGCGCCUAGGAUACAACUUGACUUCAACCUAAUACAAUCUUUUGAUUAGUUGAAAGAUGCUGGACUGUUCCAUUUAGAAAAACGGUGGAUUUAUUUUUUUUAAAUAUCAAAUGACAAGAAUCUCCAUUCAGAAAAAGGUAGAUUUUUAAAAUAUAAUAUCUAAUGACAAGUGUAUUUUAUUUGCGCAGUGGAAAGAAUAUUUUCUUGAGUUGAAAAAUUGACUCUUCUGAAACAGUCAAGUCUUUCAACUAAAUGAAUAUUUUCUUCCCAUUGUGCUCAUAAACAUUCAUUAUAUGUAUACUAUUACCAUAGAAACAUAGAAAUUCUCAGAAAUGUAACAGUUCUUUUGCGAACCAUCUACAGUGGUGAAACCUAAGACAACUAUAUAAACCAUGGAGUGUAUUCUUCCAUGGUAUAACCUAUUAUUGUUAUUACAGUAUUAUUGUUAUCAUAUGUUUUUUAUAAUAUGUGGUAGCAAUAUUCCUCCAUUCCUGUGCCAUCCUUGUAGUUGCUUUAAGACUUGUUCAAACUAUUAAUUUCUUUUUGACAAAAACAUGUGAUAUAACUACAUUUGGCCAUGUUGCCAUGUAUAGGCACAUCAUGACUAUAUAUGGACAUACAACAGUUUUUCAUAUCCUCAAAAGAGCUUUACACAGAGCAUGCUAUCAUAUUUAUCCAGAAUAAAACACAUUACUAUAACCAGGGAGAUGUAAAAAAAAAAUCUGCUAUAACUCUUGGACUCUUUCCCACUCUAGCAAUUGAAAUAGAGAGUGUGCGAUUGUGAUAAAAUUGUAUUAUUUGAUAAUUUGAGAUAAUUUUCCAAUUUGAUUGUACUGUAGAUGUAAUUAAGAAUAACAAACCAAUCAGUGAGAAAUAAUUCAUGUUUAAGUUAUCAGGGUUUUCAGAUUUGUGUGCCAAAAAGAAAUUAGUUUGUAAAUAUUUAAAAAUGUACAUAUUGUAAAUAGUUAUUAAAUAUUUUAAAGAAUGAUUUUAAAUGUUCUAUAUUAUAAUUACAAUUGUAAAUUAGGAUUUUUUCUGAAAGAUUGGUACGGUUUUGUUGAAAAUUUGGUUUAUCCAUAUUACAAUUUCAGAGAAACGUACAUGAUUUCAUGAAAUCAUUGUAUUGUAGAAAAGCUUAUUGUACACCAUUGGUAGUAGAAGGUUAUUGCCAUUGAAGAUUGCUUGAUAAAGGAACUGGUGGAAGCCGUGUCGUGCAGCGGUUAAGGCUGUGGCUUUUAAUUGAGACAUUGCGAGACCGACACUGGUUUCACUAGUUGUGUCUUGUUCAAACUUCAUUUGUGUCCAUGAGGAAUGAGUACUUGGUAGGAGGUGGAUGAUUCCAAAUGAAAUUUGUAGUGCUUAAUUACAUGCAUAUCUUGGAUACUCCCCCAAAGACAGAAGAAGUUCGCAUUGUAAUGUGUGAUGAUUGAUUUUGUAUCCAAUAAUGUGGAGAAAAAACAUCUUGAGCAGUUCUUUAAUUACUUUUUAAGUUCUGUAAAAAAAAAAAGUGAAAAAAAGUAUUAAAAUUCAAUGUCGUCUUUUUCAAAGCUUUACAGACAAUUAAUCAUUAAACAGCUCCUUUAUCAAUGCAAUCUUCAAUGGUCUGUAAUUUAUGUAUAGGGGCCAGUUCUUUUAAGCUUUUAAAGAUUGUAUCUCCACACAUUUACUGAGGUGUAUUAGUAACAUUGACUUUUCCGGAGUGUUAUUCAAUAAUUAUAAUGACGGAUCAAUCAUAAUUUGGUAAGGAAUACGCGCAUGUCCCACAAAGAUAUUAGGUACAUUUAUACUGUCAUUUUUUGGGAGCUUAGCAACAAUAUCCAAAGGGCAGUGUCAAGGGGAAAUGUCCAUUCCUGUCACAAAGAUAGUUUUAGUGUUAACGUUCUCUUAAGUUGUGAUAAUUUAAAUCAAAGAUACAUUAGGUAAAUGUUACAUUAUUUAUUAUAUUAUUUUUUUAAUCAUAUUAUAGCCUGUUUAUUUUAAUUGAAUACAGUUAUGUUAACUGGUAUUGGUAAGCAUAGGUUUUAUCUUCUUUUUUACUUGUGGAUAUAUAUGAGUGAUAAUUUGACUAACAAAUAACCAUACUUUAUGGUUAUAAAUUCUGACUUUUGAAUAAACAUAGUUAUUACAUUAUAUUAAAAAGUGAUACUGUGAACGAGUGUGCAUAUUAUCAAUAUUGUCUUCAUUUUAAUACUGUUUUUUUU